AUGAACAUGGUAUUAGAGCUGGUGGUGGGUGCUGGCAGUAACAAUGAUGCGCUGAGCUCCUGCAAAUUGCCGCAGUGGAAUGGGACAGCUUUACCUAUAAGCAUUUUAGAGGAGCAUCUAAAGGCCUUUGAUGAUGAAAUCAAUGCUUUUUUGGACAAUACAUUUGGGCCUCGAGAUUCUCGAGUCAGAGGGUGGUUCAUGUUGGACUCUUACCUUCCUACCUUUUUUCUUACUGUCAUAUAUCUGCUUUCAAUUUGGCUGGGUAACAAAUAUAUGAAGAACAGACCUGCUCUUUCUCUCAGGGGUGUCCUCACCUUGUAUAACCUUGGAAUCACACUUCUCUCGACAUAUAUGCUGGCAGAGCUCAUUCUCUCCACUUGGGAAGGAGGCUACAACUUACAGUGUCAAGAUCUUGCCAGUGCAGGGGAAGCUGAUAUCCGGGUAGCCAAGGUCCUAUGGUGGUACUACUUCUCCAAAUCAGUAGAGUUCCUGGACACAAUUUUCUUUGUUUUGCGGAAAAAAACAAGUCAGAUUACUUUUCUUCAUGUGUAUCACCAUGCUUCUAUGUUUAACAUCUGGUGGUGUGUUUUGAACUGGAUACCUUGUGGACAAAGUUUCUUUGGACCAACACUGAACAGUUUUAUCCACAUUCUUAUGUACUCCUACUAUGGGCUUUCUGUGUUUCCAUCUAUGCACAAGUAUCUUUGGUGGAAGAAAUAUCUCACGCAGGCACAACUGGUGCAGUUUGUGCUCACCAUCACGCACACCAUGAGUGCCGUAGUGAAACCGUGUGGCUUCCCCUUCGGCUGUCUCAUCUUCCAGUCUUCUUAUAUGGUGACAUUAGUUAUCCUAUUCUUAAAUUUUUAUAUUCAGACAUACCGAAAAAAGCCAGUGAAGAAAGAUAUGCAAGAACCACCUGCAGCGAAAGAUGUCAGGAAUGGUUUUUCCAAAGCUUACUUCACUGCAGCUAACGGAGUGAUGGACAAGAAAGCACAAUAAAAAUAGAGUAACAGAAAAAGCAUAUAUACUAGCCUAACAGAUUCCCUUGUUUUAAAGCAAAGACUGAAUUAAAAGUUAUAUAUGUUUUAGGAUAAACUAAUUUCUUUUGAGUUUAUAAAUCAUCUGUACCCAGAAUGUAUUAAUAUAUUGCUAUUAGGUUCAUCUGUUAACUGACUGCUUUGAUCAGCACUGAGGCAAUGCUGAUCUCUGAAGACCUCAGAACUGGUGCAACUUCUCCCUCCCUCCCACGGACUGAACCUCUCACCAGAAACUGUCUUUAUAACGCCUUAUACACAAAUAAAGCCAGGAAAUAUGGAGCAUUGUUUUUCACAGGAAAUCUUCAAAUAAAGAGAGUUUUGUUCAGAUUAAAAUGUUUAAAACAGAAUGUUAAUUAUAUUCUAAAUACAGGGUAUAUUUUGAUCUAUAUUAAGCAAUAAUUGCCAGUGCAUAAAAUAAUCAGUCCAUUUGUCCCUUCAGGAAUCCACUCCAGAAAAUAAUCAAAUGGGACCAUACAUGAAAGAUAGAAAAAUCUAGCAAAACUUCUAAGCCAGAGUCUUGUCUGUCAAAUUCCACUAUUACUUCUGAUGUUAAACUUAGUGAUAUGGUAAUGAAAUUCAUAUUUUUUUUGUUUUGAAGAUUAGUUAUUCUAAGAAGAAGAAUAUUCUGCCAGAUUUUCAUAAUUCAGGGGCUUUGGAUAGGUGUUGUUCCUCAGUUUCCCUAAUCAGUCAUAUAUUCGCAAGCAGUAUCUAAAUCUGGCUGCCCAUUCCCUUUCUGAACAAGAACUGGAGUCCAAUCUGAUCCCUUCCUUUGAACAUAUAUGCCACUGGAAUAUUUAUAAAUCAGAAUUAUCAGAAUGAGGGCAAAACAGUCACUAAAUUAGUCAACAACUUUUUUAAACUACUUGUGACUAUUAUCCCAAAUACCUGCUAGCACUCUUUACGUGUUACUUAAGUCUUUGAAAAUGGGAAGAAAAAGAUGGAGCAGUUUGGAAGGAGCUCAACACUGAACUGUGCGCUGGUCAUGAGCCACAGUGAAAAAUGCCAGUUUGGCAAACUCAGCACAUCCUAUCCCUGCUCAGAUCUGCAGCACAAACGCAGACAGAAGCACUGGUGAGACUUCCUUUCUCCCUAAGUGCCGGACUGUUUUUACUAUUAAACUGUACCAAGAAUGGAAACAAGAAUCUUUCCUGAAGAUUUGAAGAAUAAUUUAUACACCACAAAACAAGGCUUGCCAACAUUUACACUUCAUCUUCUACCUUAUUUUAAGUGUUUAGGUCCCAACACUGACAUCAAAUGCAUGAGCACUAGAAAGGCAUUUCACUGCUGCACCAACGCAUUACUGCCUAGCAUGCUUUUCUGCCCUGUUGUUUUUCACCCCAAGCUCUAGUUUUAAAAUUCUUUUCCCUGUUAAAAAACAUCUUACUGACUUUUCCAACUUUUAAGUCAUGUAAAUUACCCUUUUCAGGAUUCUGGCAUAUUUUCCAAAAGGUGACUAAUGCUUAGUAUAGUCUUGAGGGUGAAUGCAUUGUUCCUAUAUCAUUCCUAUAAUACUGGUUGAUCUAUUUCUGUUGAGCAGGCAUCUUCCUGUAUUCAAUCUUCUGUUUAUCUUUGUAAACCAUUUCCUAAAACUGAUUUGCACUAGGAUGCUUCAUCACCACUGCUAUCACCUUAUAACUGUAUUUUAUGUUCUCUUCUAGCAAGAUAUGUGAAAAUAAGGGCUCGCUUUGAGUAUGACUGUUACUGCUCCCCUAUGACAAAACUGGACUAAGGAGAAAGCCCCUUGUAGAAACUAGACUCUAGUUCAGUUUUGAGUCUCAAACAUGGGCUAAAAUCUGUUACCAAAGACCAUUCCAGGUAAAAAUGAAACUUAGAAGACAGACAUCACUGGUUAUUAUACUGAGCUUAUUCUUAAUUGCCAGUGAGGUCCCCAAGUCUGCACAUUAGACCUGCCGCUUGAAUAUUUCAUGGACUCCAUAACUGAACAGCCAGGAAGGGAGUCUCCUUCAACAGACUAAGUCAAACAGCUAUAAGUGCAAGGUAGCUGGAAACCUCUCAAGUGGUUUACACUUUCAAGCCAAUGCCAGAGAUUUAGUUGGAGGUUUCAUUCAGAAUGUUUAUUUCCAAUUUGGUCUUUAAUUCUAGUGAAACUUAAUACUUAUAGCCUUAAACCAUUCAAGGGCUGAUAAAAAAAAAAUACACAGAACUAUGAUAUCUUAGCCAUAAAAAUUGAAUCAGGUAAAUAUUUUAGUCUGCCAUUAAAAGUUGUGACUUAAAAUGUUUACUUUUAAUGUGAUUUUUCUAAAACAUAACUAUACAAUAUUUAAUAUUUCUAUAAUAUAUUAAAGAAGAAAAUGAAAAGUAUUUCUUCAAAUUUCCUCUUACUCAUGGGGAUGAAAAUACUUCACUGACUACUGUAAAGCUUAUCUGUUAGCAAUUCCCUCGGUUUUUAAACAAAGUCAACUGUUUACUCAGUGGAAUUAAAUCUAGAAAUUUUCAAUCCAUCAAAAUUGCAUAUUGAACUAUUUAGGCAUAUUGCAGAACAAAGUUCUCUCCCAUACUGCCCCUUCAGAAAAGUACUUAAAAUAAGGCAAAAGGCUAUUUACUGUGAUGGGAAGAAAAGUAUUUUGUAUGUAAGUGUUCAUUUUAGUUCUUUCCAAUAUUUCCACAUCAUUUUAUGAAUGUUUUGGGGGCUUAUUUGGAAAAUAUCACAUUUGUGUUCCUUUGAAAGUACUUGUAUCUUAAGAACAUAGUAUCAUGAUUGGGGUGGACAGGGAGGCUGGAGAAGCCAUUUGUCUUUGUAGAUAAAAAGCAUUCUGUAUGAUUGUUGUAUAAUAAAUUGAUUUUUACACUAAAGUAAA